CGCUUCUCAGGGGCGGGGUUGCUGCGGAGCACCCACGCGGUCCGUGCCUGAGCUGGAACCUUGCUUUGUUCUGGCUGCUGCCUGCUACAUCCUCCGGCUUCUGGGUCCGUAAUCUCGCCUCCCAGCUCCCUCCUCCCGCCCAUCCCCCUGUGUCUGGGCCUGCAUCCCCUCUCCUAACCGCUUCAUCCCAGAUCCUGCCCUCACCCCUCCCCAAACUCCUGGCCAGCGCCCUUUCCUGGUACCCUUCUCUCCAUCCCUCUCCCCUGCAUCCCCCCCCCCCCCCGUCCCUCUUUCCCAGGGUCCGGCUCGCUUAGUUCGGCCCCGCCCCUCCAGACUAGGGAUGUCCCCAGCAGCUCCGCUCCGAUGGUCCUGACGCUGCUCCUUUCUGCCUACAAGCUUUGCCGCUUCUUCGCCAUGUCAGGCCCACGGCCUGGUGCCGACCGGCUAGCGGUGCCGGGGCCGGACGGAGGUGGCGGCGCGGGUCCCUGGUGGGCCGCGGGCGGCCGCGGGCCCCGCGAGGUGUCUCCCGGGGUUGGCACCGAGGUGCAGGGCGCCCUGGAGCGCGCGCUACCCGAGCUGCAGCAGGCACUGUCAGCGCUAAAGCAGGCGGGUGGUGCGCGGGCCGUGGGCGCCGGACUGGCGGAGGUCUUCCAGCUGGUGGAGGAGGCCUGGCUGCUGCCAGCCGUAGGCCGCGAGGUAGCCCAGGGUCUGUGCGACGCUAUCCGCCUGGACGGCGGCCUUGACCUGCUGUUGCGGCUGCUGCAGGCGACGGAACUGGAGACGCGAGUGCAGGCCGCGCGCCUGCUGGAGCAGAUCCUGGUGGCUGAGAAUCGGGACCGGGUGGCGCGCAUCGGGCUGGGCGUCAUCCUGAAUCUGGCAAAGGAGCGUGAGCCGGUGGAGCUGGCACGGAGCGUGGCAGGCAUCCUGGAGCACAUGUUCAAGCACUCGGAGGAGACGUGCCAGCGACUGGUGGCGGCCGGCGGCCUGGACGCGGUGCUGUACUGGUGCCGCCGCACCGACCCGGCACUGCUCCGCCACUGUGCGCUGGCGCUGGCCAACUGUGCGAUGCACGGGGGCCAGGCGGCCCAGCGGCGCAUGGUGGAGAAGCGCGCCGCUGAGUGGCUCUUUCCGCUCGCCUUCUCCAAAGAGGACGAGCUGCUGCGGCUGCACGCCUGCCUCGCCGUGGCGGUGCUGGCCACCAACAAGGAGGUGGAGCGGGAGGUGGAGCGCUCCGGCACGCUGGCGCUCGUGGAGCCACUCGUGGCCUCGCUGGAUCCCGGCCGCUUCGCUCGCUGCCUGGUGGACGCCAGCGACACAAGCCAGGGCCGCGGGCCCGAUGACCUGCAGCGCCUGGUGCCGCUGCUCGAUUCCUCGCGCUUGGAGGCGCAGUGCAUCGGGGCUUUCUACCUGUGCGCUGAAGCUGCCAUCAAGAGUCUGCAGGGCAAGACCAAGGUAUUCAGCGACAUCGGUGCCAUCCAGAGCCUGAAACGCCUGGUCUCCUACUCCACCAAUGGCACCACGUCAGCGCUGGCCAAGCGCGCGCUGCGCCUGCUGGGCGAAGAGGUGCCGCGGCCCAUCCUGCCCUGCGUGCCCAGCUGGAAGGAGGCCGAGGUCCAGACGUGGCUGCAGCAGAUCGGCUUCUCCCAGUACUGCGAACCUUUCCGGGAGCAGCAGAUAGAUGGCGACCUGCUUCUGCGGCUCACGGAGGAGGAACUCCAGACUGACCUGGGCAUGAAAUCGGGCAUCACCCGCAAGAGAUUCUUUAGGGAGCUCACGGAGCUCAAGACCUUCGCCAACUACGCUACCUGCGACCGCAGCAACCUGGCUGACUGGCUGGGCAGCCUGGACCCACGCUUCCGCCAGUACACGUAUGGCCUGGUCAGCUGCGGCCUGGACCGCUCUCUGCUGCACCGCGUGUCAGAGCAGCAGCUCCUGGAGGACUGCGGCAUCCGCCUGGGCGUGCACCGCACGCGCAUCCUCACGGCCGCUAGAGAAAUGCUACACUCCCCACUGCCCUGCACUGUCUGCAAGCCGAGUGGGGACAUUCCGGACGUCUUCAUCAGCUACCGCCGGAACUCAGGCUCCCAGCUGGCCAGCCUCCUGAAGGUGCACCUGCAGCUGCACGGCUUCAGUGUCUUCAUCGAUGUGGAGAAACUAGAAGCAGGCAAGUUUGAGGACAAGCUCAUCCAGAGUGUCAUGGGCGCCCGCAACUUUGUGCUGGUGCUAUCGGCCGGGGCGCUGGACAAGUGCAUGCAGGACCAUGACUGCAAGGACUGGGUGCACAAGGACAGAUGGAUGGACGGACCCACACCACACCUGCAGGAGAUCGUGACUGCUUUGAGCUGUGGCAAGAACAUCGUGCCCAUCAUCGACGGCUUUGAGUGGCCGGAGCCCCAGGCCCUGCCUGAGGACAUGCAGGCGGUGCUCACCUUCAAUGGCAUCAAGUGGUCCCACGAGUACCAGGAGGCCACCAUUGAGAAGAUCAUCCGCUUCCUGCAGGGCCGCUCCUCCCGGGACUCAUCUGCAGGCUCCGACACCAGUUUGGAGGGUGCUGCACCCAUGGGCCCAGCUUAA